AUGACCGCUGCAGGCGAGGUCCCUGCAGCACCCCCGGGCCCCGAACUGCAGCCGCCCAAGACGCCGCGCUCCUUUGGAGGGAAGAGCAUCUCGCGCUUCAACCUGUUCCGCGACCCUGAUGCGCCGCAGAGCUCGCCGGGUUCCAAAAGCCCCUACUGCCACUCUCAAGCAACACAAGCACAAGCAUCAGAACAACAUACACCGGCACAGCUCCAGCUCCAGCCGCCGCCGCUCAUCCCCAACCUCGUGCUCAGCGCAAACUCCAAGAUCGACUCGACCCCGUCGCUGCUGGAGCGCAGAUUCUUCGGAGGCGACCUCAAGCCGCCGCCAUCGCCCUCAGCCAGGUCCUUCGUCUCAGAGCCCGGAUCGCCGCUGGGCUCGCACUUUGGCACCCCGUUGAGCCGCUCUGCCAGCAGGACCGAGCGAGAAAUCGACGAGCUCGCCGCCCAGCUAGACCUCGAGCUCGACGAGGCCCGUCGCAAGAAGGCAGAGGCCCUGCAGAGCUGCCAGGAGGAAGACGCCGCUCGCUGCGCAGACGACGUUGCGCGACUCGAGGCCGAGCGGGAGCUUGUCAUCGACGAGCAGCGCAAGUUUGACCUGGCUCGGCUCCAGGCGCAGCCGCCCUCGACCCCGUCCUCGACCAAGCCCAAGCGAGUCCUCGAGAAGCUCAACCUCUUCUCCAGGAGCGCCAGGAAGCCCAGCAGCUCCAACCUGGGCCAGCCGCCACUCACCCCUCUGCCGCCUGCUACGCCCAACUCCAUCGCGCCCAGUAUCUUCACCCCUACGCCAAGCAUCGGCGGGAGAAGCAGCCUCGACGACUCUCCCCCGUUCAACCCCUCGCAUAGGAUGAGCUUCAUCCAACCGCACCCGGAUGGCGACGCGCCCAUCUCUGCCAUCAAUGGCGGUGAACGAGUGAGUGCCCGUUGGCUCGCACCUUUAUCCUCGUGUGACUCUGCUUGCUCACUUGCUGACCCCUCUUCUCUUGACCCCUCCCCCUUGCAGCGUGUUACCGUUCGAUGCAUGUCGUCUACCCUCAAACUGGAGGUAACCACCGAGACUACGCCGGAGGAUAUCCUCAUCGCAGCAGCUGCGCAGACACAGCAUGACGUUGAUGUUGAAACGAGUGUCGUCAUUGAAUGCUACGACGCCCUUGGCCUGGACCGGCGCAUGCGACGAUAUGAGCAUGUACGAGACACCAUGAACUCCUGGGACCGGGACCAGGACAACUCGCUCUUGAUUGUGCCCUGUGACACGCCGGGAGACGACGACAGUCUCGAGCUCUCGGCCGUCCCUCAGACAGACGAGCCCGCGCCUGGCUUCACCAUCUACCUCUAUCACUCCCCGCGCCCUGGCAAGUGGAGCAAGCGGUAUGUCACUCUGCUGAAUACCGGCCAGAUGUUCGCCUCCAAGCGUGCCGACGCGCAAGUCGGUGACAAGGACAGUACAUCCUUGUGCCAUCUGUCAGACUUUGACAUCUACAAGCCCAGGGAGAGCGAGGUGAAGCGGCAUCUCAAGCCCCCCAAGAAGAUCUGCUACGCCAUCAAGAGCCAGCAAAAGACCGUCGUCUUUCCCAACGGCGAGAACUUCGUCCAUUUCUUCUGCACCGACGAUGCCGCGACAGCCCACAAGUUCUUCAGCCAUGUGCAUGCGUGGCGGAGCUGGUACAUUGUCAACAAGAUCACGCACUCGCGCCCGGUCGAGGUGCCUCCGCCCCUGAACCUGGCCAUGGACAUUGGCCCUAUACAGCGCAUCCCAGACAAGUCUCCACGGGUCUCUAGUGGCCUGACUAUUUCUACCGGAACCUUUAUCGACGAGGCCGACUUCACCAAGGCCAUUGAAGAAUCUACCAGGAAGCUGGCGCUGGAAGCUGAACUCAACAAGAACAAGCCCAGGAGGCGGAACGAGUCCAGCGCCUCUGUCAGCCCCAGCGUCAAAGGCGAUCAAGCAACCUUUUCGCCCACUGGCUUGCUGGGCGACGCGUAUGAGAAGCGCAAGGAGGAGGCGGCCGCCGCCGGCGAGGCCGCGACUGACGGCGCAGCAGUCAAAAAGAUUGAGGGCCCAUUCACAGAAGGCCCGUCCUUGCUGAACAGCAUGGGCCUGUCGUCUCCCAAAUCACCUGAGCAGCCUCCUGUGAAGUCCUGGUUCCCGUCCGCCGCUGAGCACAGCGCGCGCAACCGGAGCGCUUCCAUCUCCAAACGGCCUGUGACGGCCGACCCUUCGACCAAAUCUGCUCACGGCAAGGGGCAGGGGCCGCUUCUGGACUUUGCGAACAACAACUUCCCAGAACCGCCACGGAUCCGAGACGGCCCUCGACACGGCCCCGGCUCCAGACAGGGACACGGGCUGCGCCCUCCACCGGGGUCGCCUCUUGUAACAUUUGCAACCGGGGGACAGCAAGCACAACCCGCGUCGCCAGGAGGAAGACACCGACCGCCUCCCGCCGGUGGUCCCAUGCCGCCGUCAGGAGCUUCAAGUUCGCGAAGCCGUAGCCACUCGAUAGCUAGUGCCAAUAGUGGUGCUUCUCGACGCCACCCGAUCUCUGCCGAUGAGAUUCCCCUAGCAUCUUCGCAAAACCGGCAACCCGGUCCACGUUCAAACCGGAUGCCCCCUCAUUCGCCUCGCGAUGCCUCCUCGCGGAGCCACGAGCAUCGCCGUCCGGGUCCUUUGCUGCAGGAGCGUCAAGAACGUCCCAAGGAGCGACCCAGGGAGCGUCCCCAAGAGCGACGGCCCGGGCCUCUUGUCAACUCAGCCCGAUGA